AUGAAGCAAUCAAAGGAUCCUUUUGAAGUAGCGUUUGAAGAACUAGACGAGUCCCCGCCAGAUUCACCAAAUCCCCAUGAUGAGAUUGAGACUCAAACUCUAGCAGCAAAACCCUCUAAAAAUUCCCAAAGAUAUGAUGUAGAACAUAGUACUAGUCCUUCAAACCAACCAAAAGCAAGAGUUAGGUUUUCUUCAACAUCAGCGGCCAUCCCAACUAAUAAGAACAAAGAAGAUGAUGAUGAGGAAGAAGAGGAAAACAUGGAUGUUGAACUUGGAAAAUUCGCGUCUACAGGAGACCCAGACAAAAUGGCCAAGAUGCAAUCAAUAUUAUCUCAGUUCACUGAGGAACAAAUGAGUAGGUAUGAAUCUUUCCGAAGAUCUGGAUUUCAGAAAUCUAACAUGAAAAGGUUGUUAGGCAGCAUUACUGGGAGUUCCAAGAUUUCAAUGCCAAUGACUAUUGUGGUAUCUGGGAUAGCAAAGAUUUUUGUUGGUGAACUGGUUGAAACAGCGAAGAUGGUAAUGACGGAAAGAAAGGAGUCAGGACCAAUCAGACCGUGUCACGUUCGUGAAGCAUACAGAAGGCUGAAACUGGAAGGCAAGAUACCUAAAAGAUCAGUGCCAAGGCUCUUCCAGUAGCAGCUGCAACUUUUAAUCUAAACCUGUGUCUGAUGCUGG